GCAUCAGUGACACGUAUAUGAAGACAAUGCCACUUCAAGCAUGUCUAGAGUUUUAAUUAAAGUCAAGACUUCAGCAUCAACUUAGAGAUCUUCUUUCGUUGUUAUCAAUCCUUGUAACACAGCUUCUUCAGUCCAGCUAUCAAGUACCAACCAUGACGAGAAUUAAAACAGUCCGUACAUCUACAGUGGAUCAGUAUUGUACUGGCAUCAAAACCAUCAUCAACCAAACGGGCAACAUGUUUCGCACGGUCAAGAGCAAGCUAAACCCUUGGGGUUCUCCAAUAAAGACAAGAAGAAAUGUUCUUACAAAAGCUGCAGAAGACUCAACAAAUGUUAAACCCUCACUACCAGAGUUUGCUGACGUUGUUAUAAUUGGUGGUGGAAGUGCCGGUUGCAAUGCUUUAUAUUAUCUAGCUAAACAAGGGACCAAUGCUAUACUUUUGGAAAAAUCAAAAUUAAGUGCAGGGACUACGUGGCAUACAGCAGGAAUGUAUUGGAGAUUACGACCAAAUGAUGUUGAUAUCCAAUUGCUUGAUGCCACAAGAAAUACCUUACUACGUUUGGAGGAAGAAACUGGACAAAGUCCUGGAUAUAUCCAAAAUGGAGGACUUUUUAUAGCUCAUAAUGAAACACGAAUGGCUGAAUAUAAAAGAUUAAUGACAGCUGGCAAAUAUUUUGGAGUAGAAUCUUAUGCUCUAACUCCGCUAGAAGCAAAAAAACUAUUUCCACUUCUUGAUGAAAAUUCAUUUACCGGAGCAAUAUUUAGUCCUCAAGAUGGAUCAAUGGAUCCUACUAUGCUUAUCAAUGCAUUAACAAAAUACGCUAAAGCACAGGGUUCUCGAGUUAUUGAGGGGUGUUCAGUAACCAGGAUUUUAACUCAUGAAAACGAAUAUGGUUCACGACAUGUGAUUGGUGUAGAAACACCUUAUGGAACUAUUCGAACAAAAUGUAUUUUAAAUGCUGCAGGAGCUUGGUCUGGACAAAUAGCUAAAUUAGCAGGAGUUAAUAUACCUCUAAUCCCGAUGAAGCAUGCAUAUGUAGUGACUGAGCCUAUGGAUAAUGUUCAGGGUCUUCCUAACAUUCGAGAUCAUGAUAGUAGUAUUUAUAUUAAAGUACAAGGAUCAUCAUUAUCCAUUGGAGGAUAUGAAUCGAACCCCAUUAUUCUUAAAUCUGUACCUCGUGAUUUUGCAUUCGGCCUUUAUGAGCUUGACUGGACUGUAUUUAAUGCUCAUAUCAACGCCAUGGUAGAAUUAGUUCCUAAACUUGGAACAACAGGUAUUAAAACAACGAUUUGCGGCCCAGAAAGUUUUACUCCCGACCACAAACCUAUCAUGGGAGAAGAUCCUAGAGUAACUGGAUUUUUUUACUCUUGUGGUUAUAAUAGUGCUGGCAUGAUGUAUGGUGGCGGUUGUGGAGAACAGAUCGCUUCUUGGAUUAUCAAUGGUCGUCCAGAGAAGCACAUGUAUUCUUAUGAUGUUAGACGAUUUACUCCAGAACAGAUGAAAGAUCCAGUUUGGGCUAAUGAACGAUCUCAUGAAGCUUAUGCGAAAAAUUACAGCAUCGUUUUUCCCCACGAUUCUCCUUUGAGUGGACGGAACUUCAAGAAAGAUAUAUUUCAUAAUUUACUGAUUAAGUAUGGGGCAAUAAUGGAGGAAGCUCAAGGAUGGGAAAGACCAGGAUGGUAUCAACCAGGAAAGAUAACAUUAAUUCCUCCCUACGACUACUAUGGCAGUUAUGGCUCCAAUAAAAAUAAAAGGAACGAUUAUGCAGAAACUUUGAAGAAAGAGUAUACUUUUGAUUUUCCAGAGCAUCAUAAAAUAAUUGGAGAGGAAGCUCUUGCGUGUAGAAAUAAAGCAGCACUAUUUGAUCUAUCUUAUUUUGGAAAGUUUUAUCUUUGUGGAGCACAAGCCCAAGAAGCUGCGAAUUACUUAUUCACAGCUAAUGUAAAUCGAGAAGUUAAUAGAGUUGUUUAUACGUGUGCUCUAAAUAAGCAUGGGGGAGUUGAAACUGACUGUACAGUGACGUCAAUAGAAGCUGGAUCUGGAGGCGUUGCUGAUCCAAUCUUCCAAAGAAAAGCUUUUUAUAUUGUUGCUGGAGGAAUGUCUUCUUUUCACACUUUCGCACAUUUUAAAAGGAUAAUAAAGAAAAAAGGAUUUGAAGCAACUGUCCAUGAUGCCACAGAUACAAUGGGAAUAUUGUCUCUUCAAGGACCUAAUAGUAGAUACGUUCUUGAAGAAGUCAGCGAUCAAGAUCUUGCUGACAAGUAUUUCCCAUUUUCUACUUGUAAAGUUUUAGAGAUAAACGGGUGCUUAGUACGUACAUUACGACUCAGUUAUGUUGGAGAACUAGGAUACGAGUUACAUAUUCCUAGUCAAUCAUGUGAAAUAGUUUUUAAUACUCUGAUGAAAGCAGGAAAAGAUUAUGGACUUAAAUUAGCUGGAUUCCGAGCGAUGUAUAGUUUAAGCUGUGAAAAAGGUUACCAUUUGUGGAAUGCAGAUCUUAGAAUAGAUGAUAAUCCAAUAGAAGCAGGAUUGGGAUUUGUUUGUAGAAGACGUGGUGAAUAUUGUGGUCACAAAGUUGUUGAAAAACUUCGAUCUGAUGGAAUAAAAAAGAAAUUAGUUCAUUUCCAUGUCAAAAGCCCUGUCGCUCUGUGGGGUUUAGAAGCUAUUUAUCGUGACAAUGAAAUUGUAGGAUAUCUCAGAAGAGGAGAAUUCUCUUAUGUUUUUAAUAACAGUAUUGGACAUGGAUAUAUUCAAAAUCCAAAUGGAGAUUAUAUAACGAAUUCUUUUAUAGAAUCAGGUAAUUAUGAAAUUGAAGUAAUGGGAAAAAGAUAUCCAGCUAAAGCUUACGUACACAGCCCAUUUGAUCCAGAAAAUAAAAGACUGCAAGGUAUUUAUGAUUAGUGAGACAUUGCUGUGAAUAAUUUUUUGUUACAUGUAUUACAAAAAUUGUGAUUUUACUUUUGAUAAAAUAUUAUUAUACAUUAUUAUAUAGUUAAAA